UAAUCCUUGAUACCUCAUACUCCUCUAGCCUCAACUCAAGCAUCUCUCCAACAAUGAUCUACAAUUGAAAUCUUUCGAGUGGAAACUCAUUAUGAGUAGCCGGGUUGUCGGAUUUAACGUCGUUGAUCAUGGGACUCCGUGAUUCUGCCGCCAGUGCAUACCCCGCACGGAUACCUUGAUCGGGAUUGUGACAUACCUUCGGCAGGUGUAUGAUUCGACUGAACACCAGAUAUGGGCUAUUUGAACCCGGUUUAAAUACGGCCGUCGCGGACUCAAUGGAGCCUUGUCUUUCCAUAAAACCGGCCUUGGCCCUUACGAACGUGUAAGUGAUACUAGACAACUAUCGAAGUAAUACCAGUAAGACGACAAGUGGCAUCAUGCCGGGAGUUGUCCAGGAAUCGCCCUUCAAGACCAUCCAGGUCAAGGAGCUUCACCCUACUUUCGGGGCGGAAGUCAGCGGCGUCAACUUCCAAGAUCUGUCCGAAGAGCAGUUCAAGGAAAUCCUCGCGGCUAUGGCCAAAUACGGAUUCUGCGUCUUCCGCAACACGGGCCUAGACGACCCCGCACACGUCGAAUUCUCCACGCGCUUCGGCGAACUAGACAACAUCCGGCGGUACCUGGGCGGGGGCCGGCUACCGCGGUACUCGCUCUUCGAGCUCUUCGACGCGGGCAACAUCGACGGCGAGACGGACACGAUCCUGUCGCCGGACAGCGCGCGCGCGCACUCGAACCGCGGCAACGGGCUCUUCCACGCGGACUCGUCCUUCAACCCGCGGCGGGCCUCCUUCUCGCUCCUGCGCGCGUGCGAGCUGCCGCCGCCGGGCAACGGCGGCAACACCGACUUCGCGGACUCGCGGACCGCGUUCGACGAGCUGCCUCUCAACCUAAAAGAAGAAUUGCUGGCGCGCGAUUACGUGGGCGCGCACUCGAUGGCGCAUUCGCGGAAGCUCGGGUCGCCGGAGUUUUUCGCGGACGUGGAUCCGGGCGCGGGGCCGAUGCAGCGGCACCGCGUCGUGCAGAAGCACGAGCCGAGCGGGCGGAUGAACUUGUACGUCGGCGCGCACAUGCACCAUAUCGAGGACGCGGACGGGAAGGAGAUACCGGGAUCGUGGGACUUGGUGCAGAGGCUGAAUGAGUUUGCUACGCAGAAGAAGUAUACGACUACGGUGGAGUGGCAUAAUGUUAGCGACAUGAUUAUCUGGGAUAAUCGGUGCGUCCUGCAUCGGGCAGGGGGUGGGGCGUUUGAGGGGAAGUAUAGGCGCGAUUUGAGACGGACGACAGUCCAUGACGAUAGUCCGACGGCGUGGGGGUUCAACCCGAAGGAUACCGUGUGGACAGGGUUUAAUGCUCAGGCGAAGGCUAAGCACGCCGGUGCGGUAGGGGUAUGAGAGCUGUUGCCAACAUGAUCGAUAGCAAUCCUGGGAUAUUCGACAUUACUGUCUCCAUAAUGUUAAUAUAUGGACUUUCGGAAUUUGACUUGACGAAUUGGUAUUGGCUUGUCCGCCGUGUAUCGUCACCUAUACUGCUGUGUAGCUUUACGGCGGGGGGCGGAUUGGUUCGGGGGCUUUCCCCACUAC